AUGCUUGAUUGUGAAACUGAUAAUACCAACACCAAAUCAUUGGAGGAUGGGAAGACAAUGCUUUCUUGGGAUGAGGUGCAUAAGAAAAAGGUUAGUAAUGAGAUUAGGCAGAGAAAGCGGGAAGAGAAAUUUCAACGUGAAUCUAGUGAUCAUAAACAGGAAAAUAUUGGCUAUAACAAUUCCUCUAAUGACUCUGGUGAAAGAAUUCCAGAGGAAUCAAUUCAUUCAGAGGAUGAUAAAACAGUAAGUUCGAAAAUAUAUAAUGAAAUGAAAUCUUUCCUACCUAAUAUUACUGAUGUGAAUCUGCAUAAGAAAACUGAAAGAGCUCGAAAAAUCCUUGAGCUCUUUGGUAAAGGAGGUGUAGGCAUAGACAGGAUCAAAUAUGUUACAUAUAGCGCAAGUGCUAUCUCGGGAUAA